UCAAGCUAGCGUUUGUCUAUUUACUUCAUUUGUAAUGAUGAUGAUGUGAGGCCGAAACCGUUAGCUAGCUAGCCUAGCUAAAGUAAUGAAGAGCCGGUAGGACAUGGAGGAGAACAGGAGCGUGUUGGGGGGUCAGAGUGAGCUACCUCCCGCUAGUUUUCAUCUCAUGGCAGCUGUUUGUUCUUUAAAGCAGCCGCUACAUUCCCACUGACGGCGUUAGCCUGUUAGCACGCUAAGCUGCAGGCUAGGCUAGCUCCAGUCGGUCGGGUUUCGGUGGGAUCUAAUAUGGCAGAUUGCAAACUCAGCAACACUCGUGUCCGCUGGAGUUAUUUUUUUAAUUACCCCUACCUAAUUACCCGUAAUAACCUCAGGUCGCUGUAGGUCUAAACGCUGCUGUUGAAGCAACCUUAGCUAAAGCUGCUGCUGUCGACACCGUGCGGCCUGGAAUGGAGCCAGGGGACUUGCGUGAGAGCCCCGCCGGCUCAGGUGAGUCAGACGUGGGGGAUUGGAGGGAGGGGAUUCCCGGCGGGGAUGAGGAGGUCAAAGCGGCCGACAGUAAUGGGACAGCGGCAGAGACUGCGCUCAGGGACGCCUGCGAUGAAGGCGAAAGUGACAAACAAAAAAGCGUGGGGGAUCCGCUGCACAGCCCGUAUGAGGAGGAGCUGGACCCCCGGAUCCAGGAGGAGUUGGAGCACCUCAAUGAGGCCAGUGCAGAAAUCAACAAGCUGGAGCUGCAGUUGGACGAUGCCAGAUCAGGCUACCGGAAGAUCCUCACAGAGUCUGCCAGGAAGCUGAACGCUCAGAGCUCUCAGCUGGGGAGCUGCAUAGAGAAAGCCAGACCGUAUUACGAAGCUCGCCGCCUUGCAAAGGAGGCGCAGCAGGAGACCCAGAAGGCAGCUCUGAGCUACGAGAGGGCAGUUUCCAUGCACACCGCCGCCAGGGAGAUGGUCUAUGUGGCAGAGCAGGGCCUGAUGGCUGACGGCAAGAACACCCUGGAUCCCACCUGGCAGGAGAUGCUCAACCACGCCACCGCCAAGGUGAAUGAAGCCGAGGAGGAGCGUCUCCGCAGCGAGAGGGAGCACAUGCGCGUCACGCACGCCUGCCAGGAGGCCGAGGCUCGGGUCCAGAUGCUGCAGAAGUCCCUCAAAAGAGUCAUCCUCAAGUCCAAGCCUUACUUCGAGCUCAAGGCCCAGUUCAACCACAUUCUGGAGGAGCACAAGGCCAAAGUGCUGCAGCUGGAGCAGCACGUAGCCAAAGUCAAGACCCGCUACUCGAUCGCCCUGCGAAACCUGGAGCAGAUCAGCGAGCAGAUCCACGCUCAGAGGGGGCGGGAGGAGGGAGGACGCCCCACCGUGUGCGCCGGGCGGAGCCCCCCCAUCGGGGCCGAGGCCGACAGCAAAGUUCAGGAAGAAGGUGGAGCCUGCGGCGGCGGCAGCGCGAUGGGGAAAAAUCCAGUUGAUUCAGCCAUCGACCUGGUGGAGAGAUAUAAGGAGAAGGAGAAUGAAAAGGAGAGGGAGCGGGCCGGCUCGGAUUCCCUCUCCGUCUUCAGCCUGCAGACCAUCGCUUCCGACCUGGAGAAAUACGACUCCAUCGAGCACCUCGGGGACCUCAGCGAUGUGGGGAGCGUAACUGGGGACGAAGGGGAGAAAGAGAGAGCGGCCGUGAUGAACAAAAGAGACAAGCUGAUGGAAACGAGCGCCAAAGAGCGCCAGCAGCAGUUCUACAAGCAGCACCACCGCAGCUUCAGCCUGUGAGGCGUCACGCAGAGCGCUGCUGCACGCACCAGGUCCACCCAGAGGAACCAGAGAGCUCGCUGCAGCCAUCCGAGCUGCAUCAGACCCAGUGUAAAUAAGCACACGUACUUUGACUGACAACAACAUUAGCAUAGCGCUGAACUCAGUUAGCAUCGCAGCCUAGCUAGAACACUACAGGCGUCUGCAGCGCUUACAUUCCUGCAGGACCAGUAUUCUGUGUAUUCACUCCCUCUGAGGAUCCGGUAGGAUUUGCUCCUGGAGCAUGAAGGAGCAGCCGAGAAAGAUGAAAAGCCUGUUUGAACAGACGUCUUUAGAAGGCGGCGUUGUCUCACUGUCGCAGACUAAUCACUGAUCUAAUUUGGUGAGACUGGUGAAAACAUCUGCCCCCACCUCCACUGCUGCCCUCCAGGCGUGUCGAGUCUUAUCAGCGGCGGCUUGGAGGUAGAGGGUCGCAGGCGGCUGCGUGCGCUCUGAGAGCAGGAAACAUGAGAAAAACGUUUGUGUCGGUGCAGAGUGAGAGCAUGUCUGAAUCCCGGCUCCAUGUCCUACCUUCCUCUAACAUGCUGCACGUAUUGUUUUCGGCACGAGAGAAUGCGGUUUUUGAAAGUUCCUGAAAGCCAGUUUCCACUCGGACAGCAUGCACUCCACGUCGGACGGACUGGCGCCGUUCUCCGGCUAUAAGCUACAGAACCACCGUCACGGUGGACGCUCCGCCACUUUAGCUUGUUAUGUUUUAACGCUGAAGCCUUGUUCAGGACUUGUUUACAUGUGAAACACUGGGUGCGUUUCCUCUCUGUUUGCCUUUUUGUUUCAGAUAAGAAAAGAAAGAAAGCCCUUGUUGUAAUUUGAAGUGUGCCUUGACACAGAACAAGUAAAUUUAGCUCCAGUAGUAGCUCGAUGUCAGCGCCGUUUGGGCUAUCUAGAGAACAAGUGAGUGCCCUUUUAUGAUUUUUAGAACCUUUUAAUCAGCAGACUCACCUGGCACCGUGUCAGACCUGAACAUUCUGAUUCGUGGAUGUUUUUUCUUUCUCCAUGAUAUUGUAUUUUGAUUGUCAAAGCAGCUGAUCAGUGAAGUCAGAAGAAGACUGUAAAUGUGUGUAAUUAUUACAAAAGCUGGAAAAUACUGACGUGUACAGUUGAGACGUGUGUCGCCGAUUUGAAUAUUUGACAAUUUAUUUUGUUGUACAGAUGUUGUGGAUCCCGCGGGUUUAUUUAAAGCGUCUCAUCACUGUCACAGUUUGUGUGCAACACCCUGCCACCUCCACUGCUGGCUUCACAGCUCCUCGGCACCCUCCGUGAAUCAGUCGGUGUCCUUCCCUGUUUCCUAUUUAUGCAUUGUCAUGUCUAUAAUCAAUAAAAACAGAUUCCUGGCCUCCUGGA